UCAAUCAGGUGUGGACUAGGGGGUGGGGGGUGACCAUUCUUUGUACUUGUGUCGUGGGGCUGUAAUGGAGUUGAGCACAGCGAUUUUAAUAAUAGGCUUCGCUGCAUUGUUUGCAGCUUUCCUUCUGCUUUUAAUCGGACUUGUUUAUUCUGAGUUAAUGAACUCGGAAAUCCCACCGGGAGUACCUAGCCAAUGGAAACUACACUCAAUUCAUGGUUUGUUCGUUGGGAUAGCGCUUGUGGGACGGAUCUUUGAAAGGCUGGGGCUAUGCCACCAGGUAGUCUUCACACGCUGGGUCAUAGCUCGCUUUUUAGCCCCGAAGAAGUCGGCGCCUCCGGGGCUCCUGAUCAAGGACCUGGUGUUUGCGGAAGUGCCAGUCCGAGUAUACCAGCCCACGGCCCCCUCGGCGGGCAAGCGAAGAGGCCUUGUCUACUUCCACGGAGGAGGCUGGGUGAUGGGAAGCAUUGAUGUCUAUGAUGAGGUAUGCAGAUACAUCGCCAAGGAAUCUGAGACCACUGUGGUAAAUGUUGAGUAUCGGCUGGCUCCGGAGUACAGAUACCCAGUGCAGCUGGACGAUUGCCAUGCGGCCACCAGUCACUUCCUUCGGGUGGCGGAAGCGGAAUUUGGGGUGGAUCCCUGCAGAGUGGCCGUCGGAGGGGACAGCGCCGGAGGGAACUUGGCAGCUGCUCUCUGCCAGCGGAUGGCAGAAAAGGAGGAUGGUUCUCUCACUGCUCCGUGUGCCCAGGUCUUGAUCUAUCCUGCCCUGCAGAUGGCAGACUUCAACCUCCCCUCCUAUCAGCAGAACCAUGCUGUGCCUAUUCUCUUCCGUGCCCGGGUGCCCUUCUAUUUUAUUCAGUACCUAAAUGGUGACACAUCUGUAAUUCCAGAUGUCUUAGAGGGAAACCAUGUGCCUGCUGACCUCAAGCUAAAGUACCGAAAGUGGCUGUCCCCGGACAACCUCCCAGCAGAAUGCAAAGCCCGUCGUUUUGUCCCUAAAGUGGUAUCUUCUUAUGAUGGAGAAGUUUAUGACGUAGUCAAGGGAGGCCUGGAGCCUGCGGUUUCCCCUUUACUGGCAGAAGAUGCUAUCGUCCGCAAGAUGCCACCCAUGUUUAUUCUGACCUGCGAGUACGAUGUGCUCAGGGAUGAUGGGAUACUCUUCAAGAAGCGCCUGGAGGACCUGGGUGUGCCCGUCACCUGGCAGCAUGUGUCAGAUGGCUUCCAUGGCAUCAUAAACUUAAGCAACGGCUGGCUGAGCUUCCCCUCAUCACGGCUGGGCUUAGACAGCAUCGUGAACUAUGUGAAAACUCUUUGAAUAGGGACUGCGAAUGUUAAUCAUAACCUAGGUCCCAUGCUGUAGAAACAUCCAAAGUCCCUUUUUUUCAGUGAAAGUAUUAACAUUACAGCAAUAUAAGGUCUCUCUAGCUCCAGUCCUUAGGGAUUGGGCAUCUUGUAGGUUUUCUGUGUCUAUCUAAGCUGAUCUCCACCUGGGAAAAGUGCUAAAUUGAUCCAAUUAAAUAUUAACUGGAUUGUUUUCUCCCUUCUCCACAGCUCUUAACUGUUGCUGAUUUAUAGAGACAUAGAAAACUUGCUGGAUUUCAAUCCCUGAAGAGCAGAACUAGAAGCUCCUGAACGAAUGAGUUUUGUUACUUUAAUGUUGAGAUGCAAUGCCAGCAUGGGAUCUUGUAUUGUAAUUACCUUAUUAUAGAACAAAAAAACAAUUGCUGUAGAAAAAUACAGGACAAAAUCAGGACCAAGAAACAAAGAAAUGAGUAAAGAAUGAUAUUUUGCAGGAUACAGAGCAUGAUAUUUUUUGAUUUGUAGAGAUAUGUAAAAGAUUUUGUAACAGCACAAAACAUUUUUUGAAGCACUGGAGCUGUCACUGAGCAAGUCAAAUUGUGCACAUUAUGUCAAUAAAGUGUAGGAAACCUAUGCAAUUUUUCUGCCAUGUAAAAGCCUCAGUUUUCAUCUGUAUGGUUUUGCCUGAAAAUGCUUUAUGCUUUGAAUACAUGCUAAACUUCAGUUUAUUCACCAGUGAGUGUAUACCAGCAAAAAAUAAAGCAAUUGUGAAGGAUUUACACCUUUUUCCUUUUCUAUCCUGGAAGCUGUGGGCUUCCCUAAUAAUUAGGUGCAUCUUUAAAAUAACUAAAUAAAUAAUUUGCUUUCUAUUGUUUCUA